ACGAAGCACACCAAAGGUGUGGUAGCAAGGAAGCCGGUUGGAGAGGAUAAUCAAGCACCUUUCGUUAGUGUUGCAGAGAUCUUUUUUUUUCGAAACGUUUUGAGAAAGCAGCAGUAGUUUUUAGCAUUAUCCCUCUAGCAUAUCUUGCUACAGCUCCACUGACACACUGGAUAUCGCCUUCGACGAAAACGAUGGUUCAGGCCCAUCUUCGCAACCGUCAAAAAUAGUGCUGCAAAACAACAGACAAGCAUUUGCCUAUUCUGUUCUGUUUGACCCUAAAGAUCUUGACCAGGGUUACCCUUUCGACCAAUACUUUCGGGGUGAAUACGAUGCUUUCAAAACCCCCCCUGGGUACUAUGUCACAAUGACAGGAAAGCUGGACCGAGAUGGUGCCACUGUGAAUACAGAUGAUGAUCUGAACAUCCUGCAGUACCAGCUGAAGUGCGAGUCAGGUCCGGGCGUUGCAUACUUCAAGAUUCUGAAGAUUCGAAUCAUUGAUGUGAAUGACAACACACCGCAGUUUGUUCAAGCUCCAUAUGCAGUGACAGUCAAUGAGCUGACCCCUGUGGGCUUAACGAUCUACCGUUUGAUUACGGCCACUGACCUGGAUGAAUCCAACAACAAAGUGGUUUCCUUCAGCUUGUCAGAUGAUCUGAACUCUCUGUUUCCGGAUGGGACAUCAAAGUUUGCCUUGCCUUCUCCGCAAGAAGGUCUGGUCGCUGUGGCUGGGGCCCUUGACUUUGAGAGCAUGUACAGACUGGCCGGGGGUGAUGCUUCCAAGACUUUCUACAAUAUGAUCGUCACUGUCAGCGACAACCCCACCACAGGAGCCCCUCGCACCAACACCACAACCCUGAAAGUGACAAUUGUCGAUGGCGAUGACUUGGGCCCAGAGUUUGUCUAUGACUCGUGCAUCCCCAGCUCUGCUCCGCUUGGCAAGCUGUGUAUCCGUGCCACAUACCUUGCUUCUAUCUUCUCAGGGAAUUCUGUGGGAGGUGAACUGACUUUCACAGCUCAGCCAAAUCGGACAAACAAUGCCCAGGUGGAGAUUGUGAUGCAGGAUCGAGACACUCUCAACUCUUCCAUUGUUUGCGUUAUCAGAGAAACAUUACCGAAAGGUUAUGAAAAUUUCUUCACGGCGAAUACUGAGCAGAUUGGGAGUACCAAGCAGUACAGAUGUCGAGUCUUCCAGAGUUCCAACCGGCCUCUUGACCGUUCUGUAGUGCCUUCCCUGAAUAUGGUGGUUGAAGCAAAGGAAGUCAGUGAUAAUCAACGAGUGGAUUACGCCACCAUUAUUCUGAGUGUGGACCCUGUGAACAUCAACCCCCCAGUUAUCACAGCCAACAGCAAUGUGGGUUACAUCUACGAGAACUCGCCGCUGUUCUCUCAAGUCUCUGCCAAUCCUGGAUUUACCUCUCUGCUGAAGCUGACCUUCUCCGACGCUGACGUGUCUGUGUCGGAUGUGUUUUUAUUUGACAUUUCCAUUGACCCGCCAUCUGUACCCUUCUCUGUCAGCGAUGAUGGCUAUGUUGCUGUUUCAAUCGAUAACGUUUUGGAUUUCGAGAAUCGACAAUUUUAUGAGUUUACCGUGACCAUCAGAGAUAGAACUCCUCAGAGAUUUUCUGCCACUCAGAACCUGAGAGUGAAUGUUGUGGAUGUGAACGACGUCAGGCCGACAUUUUUAACACCUCAGAAUUAUGUGACAGAUGUUCCCGAAGGCGACUACACUAACCCCAUAAACUACCGCACUCUGCUACAGGUUCAGGCUAGUGACGCAGACUCUCUGCCGGUGAGAUACAGCCUAGUGGAUAUUGAACCGAACGCACCUUCUACUUUUGAUGUCUCCCAAUUAGACGGGACUGUCACCUUGCAAGGAUCAGUGACCGCUGGUCAAGUUUAUUACCUGUAUGUGAGAGCCUCUGACAGCGGAAAUCCUGCAUUGACAGCUGACACUGUGGUGGUGGUGAAUGUGGUUCCUAAGCUCAACCAGGCUCCCAGGUUCUCCGCAGACUCGUACUUGAUCUACGUCAGCGAAGGUGUUCCUGUUGAUUCGGAUCUCUUCCUGUUUCAACGUGUCACUACUGACCCGGAUGAUGACAUCAGCGCUUUGACUUUCUCCCUUACCGGACAGGCCCCUAACCCCUCACCUGGGAAUCCCACCUAUUUCAGGAUUGACGGGACUAAUUUGCUAAACCAGAGGCUCUUUGAUCGUGAAACGAUCCCAGAAUACAACUUGACAGUAACGGUGAACGAUGCCAACAGUAAUACGGACUCUGCCCUUAUCACAGUAAGAAUCACAGACAUCAACGACAAUAGUCCGACGUUUUCUCAGGCGUCCUUCUCCUUCUCUCUACCAGAGAACGAGCCUGUGGGUACUUCUGUUGGAUCGCGACUCGAUACUUUCGUUUCCGACCAAGAUGCAGGCCCGAAUGCAGCCAUUGCUUUUUCCAUUGUGCCAACCCAAGAUUUCAGUUCAUUCAGCAUUGAUCGCCUCACUGGACAGAUCAGGACAGCGAGCAUUUUUGACUAUGAGGCUAAAAACGUGUACCAGAUUGUGGUGAUGGCGUCAGAUUCAGGGCUCAGCCCUCGUGAGUCCGUGGUACCCGUUACCAUAAGGAUCACUGAUGUCCAGGAUUCUGUGCCUUUGUUCGAAGAUGUGAACUACGAAGUGAAUGUCUUGGAGAAUGACCCCAUCGCACAAGUAAUCUCCCUGACGGCCACUGAUGCUGACCUGACUGAUUCAUUCAACUUUGUACUGGUUGACAUACCGGGGCGAACAGAUGCCUCUGCGUUUGCUGUCGAUACAGUUGGCAGUGUAGCCAAUGUGAGAGUUGUUGGCGCUCUAGAUUACGAAACCAGACAAAGCUACCAGUUCAUCGUCACUUCUCAGGAUGCGAUCAGUUCAUCUGACAAGUUUGCCUCUGCAACAGUGACUGUCAAUGUGAUUGACGUGAACGACAACGCCCCGGUGCUGGGGUCCUAUACCAACAAUGUGAACAUCUUGGAAACGGAGCCCAUCGGGACACUGCUCUCUACCAUUCAGGCCACAGACGGUGAUAGAUCGGGACCUAGCAGCGAAGUGCGGUAUCGCCUCAGCAACGUAUCUCCCCCUCCUUCAUCCAACAUAUUUUUUGUGGGAGAGGUGUCUGGUCAGCUGGUUGUCAGCAGUUCCCUGACUGCCGAGAGAACCAGCGACUUGUACUCGGUUGAGGUGCUUGCCUAUGACCUGGGUAUCCCGAGUCUGUCCACCACGGCAACUGUACAAGUGAAUGUGUUGAGGAAUUUGCCUCCUGAGUUUGGUAGCCCGGGUGUGGAUACCUUUGGGGCCAAUGUUGUUGAUGAAAAUCUACUGCCGAGUUCCAAUCAGAUCAUCGCUACUGUCACUGCUAUUGAUCCCAACGAGAAUACGCAGCCUGAGUUUGCAGGAGUAACGUACAGUCUACUUGGCGAUGGCAAUGCACGGUCUUUCUUCACAGUGGACGCCAAUACUGGUGAGAUUCGACUCCGGAGUGGCCUUGGUGCUGAGACCACUGAAGCGUACAGGCUUCGAAUCGUUGCGACAGAUAGUAAGGGAUUGUCAGACACCAUUUUGGUUUCUGUUCCUGUGAAACGCAACCUGUUCACUCCAAGCGUGUUUCCUGUGACCUACUCCCAAACCAUCCCAGAGACCUACCCACUUGGACAAACCUUUGAGAGGAUCCGGGCUUCAGACUCGGAUACAAAUUCUCCAUGGAAGGACCUGCAGUAUGUGAUCACUGGUGAUACCAAUGCCCAAACCUACGCCCAGAUUGACUCCAAUGGUGAUGUCAGUCUUAGGCGGACCUUGGUUGGAACUGGAAUAGAUACCUUUACGGUGACUGUUCGCGUCUCUGACGGGGGCACGAGAGACAACCCUUCAAAGACGGCUACUGACCUUGCAACACUGACGGUCAAUGUGAUUCGCAACACCGCGGGGCCUGUGUUUGUUCAGGAGACAAUCACCACCAGCGUGGCCGAGACCGAAGCGAUCGGUGCAGGUGUGAUCUCCGUCAAUGCUCAGGAUUCCGGCUCAGCGUUCAAUACGACAUCGUACAGGAUCACUGGAAGCCCCGAUGCCCAGCAGUAUUUUGCUUUGCAAGGCAACCGUAUCGUUGUGAGAGAUGAUCUGAAAAAGGCUACAAAGGAUAGAUAUGUUGUAACGGUAGAGGCUUAUGAUGACGGGACGCCGCCAAAGACAGCUUUGGCCUUCGUGUUCAUUGACAUCACCCGCUCGAAGACGAUCCCUACCUGGUUACCUGGCCAACAGACCAGUGUCACGGUCAAGGAGGAUAUCAAUAUCGGGGUCCCAUUCACCCAGCUCAGCGCAGAGGUGCAAUUUGAAGCCACACACAAGGAUGAUCCUAACCUGAAGACUGGCCCCUUCACGCUGCAAAUUAUACCAACAAGAAAUCGCUUUGCCCCACAGUUUCUUGGAACUCCUUACAAUUUUUUUGUCGAUGCUCCUCUGUCUGACAACCAGCUUAUGGGAGCAGUCAGGGCUGCCGAUCAAGACCCGGUCUUCAACGUGCUGACCUUUGACAGGCUAGAAUACGGAACUGAGCCGGUCCUCUUCUCUGCCACGGAGACAGCUGCAAAUAGUGGCGUUGUGCAAGUAACAGUCCCCAACGCUGCAGUUAUCAAUGGAGAUAGUGGUACUACCCAAUACAGAUUUUAUGUCCGCGUGAGAGACGAUGGAACUCCACGGUUGUCAGAUGUUGCUCUCGUGACUGUCACUGUCAAUAGAAACCAGCAAGGACCAAACUUCUUGGUCGAGGACAAGACUGUCACGAUCAACGAGAACCAGCGAGUCGGUGAUGUGGUGGAAACAUGUCCGGCCCAGGACAGUGACGGAGUCCAGUACUCUCUCACUCUGAACAGCCCUCUUGGUGGCAGCAUCACGGACUUCUUCCGCAUGUCAGAUGCAGGAGGCAUUAUCUUACAGCGCGACUUGAAGCUGGACACACAGAACCGCUACGUGCUGGUCAUCUCGGCCAGAGACAGAGCGACCCCAUCGCUGCAAGGCAGCAACUCUUGCACAGUGACCAUCAACGUCAACCGCAAUCUGAACACGCCCCAGUUUAUCCGGGAGCCCUACGACAGCACGGUUCUGCGGACCGCUUCAGCCGGCGACCUGGUGGUGCAAGUCACAGCGACAGACGGCGACUCUGUGGGAGCUGCAGGGCAAGUCGUCUAUGAGAUUGUUGGAACUGGAAGUGCUCCAAAUUAUUUCCAAAUUGACCGCGGCACUGGUGAAAUCCGACUGAAGACAUCUCUGCUCAGGGACACUGCUACAAGUUACAUUCUCUUCGUUACCGCCCGAGACAAUGGAGACGUUCCUAACCUCUCGGUCAACACAGCGACCGUCACUGUCAGCGUUUAUAGGAACACCUUCACUCCAUUCUUCCUCAAUGAGCCGACUUACAGUAAAACUAUUGAAGAGACUUUCCCCGUAGGCAACUCGGUGACACAAGUGACUGCCCGGGAUAAUGACGAAGUUAACACAUUUGAAACUGUCCGUUACGAAAUCAUCGGCGACGGUCCCAGCCCAGGUUAUUUUGACAUCAACAACUUUGGCCUCGUCACUCUCAGGAGUAGUGUGCAGAAUGUGGAUGAUAAUGUCCUUUAUGUGCGGGUGCGAGCAUACGAUAAUGGAGAGCCACCACUUGCCAACGUGACAACGUUUGUCAUCUCUUUGAACAAGAAUCUGAGAAUUCCAGCCUGGGUUGUGCCUGCCGAGGGCUCCAACCUGCGAUUCGUCAACACUAUCUUCGAAGAUCAAGCUCUUUUUACCACCAUUGAUAAACUGGAUGCCAGCGAUGCGGAUACUCAGCCUCCCUACAAUCAGUGGGAGAUAUAUUACAACCCGUCGAACCAGCCAGACCUGGAAUAUUUCCGCGUCAGCUCAAAUGGUGAAAUUUCCCUCAUCAAAUCCAUUUCUGGAUUAAGUCGCAACACAUUUUCGUUCACCCUGGGGCUAAGAGACUUGGGCAGCCCUCAGAAUGUCAAUCCUCGCACAGCGACAGUGGUCUACACCGUGACCCAGAAUGCCAACCCGCCCAGGUUUGACAACUGUCCCUUUCUGCCAGUGCCUCUGCCAGAGAACACCCCGACCAACACAGAGCUUAUUGUGCUCCAAGUCUCGGACAUUGAUGGAAAUAAAUUUGGAGCUAUCAAACUGGAAAUUAUUGGUGAUGAUAAUGCCAAUCUGUUUUUUGGAUUUGACCCAACAAAUGAGAGGAGACUCAUUGUCACUGGGAAUUUGGCAGCAAACAGUCAGGAAUCCUAUCAGCUCCGUGUGAAAGCAUCCGACUCGGGCAGCCCCCCAAGAACCUCGGAGUGCGUGAUCAAGGUUAGCGUCAACCACAACUUGGUGGCCCCAGCUUUCCCGGCACCCAAGCAGUACAGCACCACGAUCCUGGAAACUACUCCUCCGGCCAAAACUGUAUUCAGCAACAUAGUGGCUACAGACGGGGAUAAUUAUUCACCUUACAGAGAUGUGAGAUACGAGUUUGGCAGUUCGUCCAAUAAUGCUAGCGCGUACUUUGUGGUGCUCUCCAAUGGCCAGGUCAACGUCCUCCAAGAUCUCCAGGCUGACGGAUCCAACCGAACACUAUACACCUUCACCAUUGUGGCCAGGGAUGGAGGCGGUCUGACCGACACUGCUACAGCCACCGUGACGGUGGUGCGCAACUCUCCCCCGAGAAUCACCAACACUCCCGUUGAUGAACUGAUCCGCCACAACUUCACCGUCGGCACUCUGGUCUAUAAUGUGUUGGCUGUUGACACAGACACCGUGGAGGAGUUUAGCAAGCUGCGGUUCUCAAUUGUAGGCGACUCCAAUGUGUUCAACUACUUUUCCCUGGGAGCGGAUGGACAGAUCUUGCUCACACGAUCUCUAGUGGGAACAACGGCACCAGAACAAUUCAACGUGAUCGUUCGAGUCUGUGAUGGACCAGGCCUUUGUGACCAGGGGACGGUCACCAUUCUCAUUGACCGUAACUUGAACAGACCUGUUUUCGACCGCCCUUUGUAUGAGACCACCAUUGGUGAAGACACCCCGGUCCUGAAGAGUAUCUUGCGUGUAACAGCCGGCGAUGCAGACCUCAGCAACCCUUACAACACGUUCACAUUCCGGAUGCAAGCUCCCAAUGAGUAUUUCACCAUUGAGAAUGAUUUGAGUGGGAUAGCCAAUGAAGGCAUCAUUCGAGUGAGGACUCCUUUGUACAUGGGUUCAACACCGACUAUGGCAGAUUCCGAAUUCAACAUCAUUGCUGAAGACGGUGGCAGCUUAUCCAGUAUUCCCAUCCCUGUGAAGAUCAACAUUGUCCGCAAUACGGACCCCUUCUUCAAUGCCAACUCCUGCAAUGGCAGCAUCAGGGCCGACACCCUCAGUGGGCGGCUUGUGUCAUCUGUGUCAGCUACAGACAAUGACACAAAUUUGGUGCCCAGCUUCAGCUCUAUUAGAUAUCGCAUUGCUAUCCGUGUGGAGGCCAGAGAUGGAUUCGAUGGUGUUGCUUACAAGUUUUGCUUCAUCACAGUCACGAGAAACUUGGUUGUUCCUCGGUUUGUCCCGGAUGUCUACAAUGAGAGAAUUCUCUCCAUCGCUCCCGUGGGUAGCGAGAUUCUUCGGGUGAACAUUCAGGACACAGAUGCUAGCUCUCCCAGCAAUUUACCUGCUUUUACUCUGUCGGGAGAUCCUGCAUGCCUGACCUACUUCCAGAUUGAUGAAUUCACUGGUUCCUUCUCCCCGAGGACCAGCCUGUGGUCAAAUAAUCAGAGACCUUCCACCUACCGGUGUACCGUCACGGGCCGGGAUCGCGGAGUUCCGUCAAACGCAGCGAGCAACUCAGCCACUGUAACCAUCACGGUGAUCUACAACACGGCCCCAUUCUUCCGCCCAGAUUCCUACCCAGUCACGAUCGACAGGACAGUUAAUGAUGGUGAUCCAGUUAUGACUUAUUUGGCAAGAGACAACGACCAAGAUACUCCCUUCAACGUCACGACAGUUGACCUCAUCGGUGGGAACUCCAAUUUCUUUGGGUUGAAUCCUGUCAGCCGCCAAGUGGUUGUAUCAGAUGCUACUGGACUGGCUCUGGACCGGAACACAGCAUACUUUGUAACCCUCCGAGUGAGAGAUGGCGGCACCCCACCCUUGGAGAACACGGCAGCUGUUACUAUCACCGUCAACCGCAACCUGGAGUCUCCUGUGUGCAAUGCCAAUGCUCCUGUCAGGAUCGACUACACGCAGCCCCUCGGUGUUACUUUUGCCACUGUCACGGCCGUGGAUGGUGACACUCAGCCUCCCCUGAGCACAGUGACUUACUCCAUCAUCAAUCCGGGACCGGGCCAGGACUAUUUCCAGAUCAACCCCAGCACUGGAGCUGUCUCCCUGAAGGCUGCAAUACCCUCCAGUGGCUUCAGUGGUGUUCAGCUUAAUGUCCUUGCAAGUGACGGUGGCUUUCCCUCCAAUACUGCUACGUGCUCCCUGCUAAUCAGCGUGACCACAGAUGGCAGCACACUGGACUUCACGGCCAAUACCUUUGAUGCAAUAAUUGCUGAGACCUUCGAUGUCAAUGUGCCGUUCACAUCAGCAUCUGCAACCCCAACGGGCAACAUCACCUACAGCAUCAUUGGAACAGGCACUGGGCCUGAGUACUUUGACAUUGACACCACCACUGGUCGCAUUUUUGUGAAAAAAGAUCUCCGCCUGGAUGCGUCCAAGAAUACCCUGUACAUGCUUCGUCUGAAAGCAGAGAAAACAUUCGCCGUCACUACCCAGGAAGCUUUUGCUAUUGCUCGCAUUACUGUAAGGAGAAAUCUGAACAGACCUGUGCUGUCUCCGACUCUUUACGAGGAAGAAAUCAGCGAAGAUGCGUUCCUUGGAUCGUCUGUUGUCAGAGUGAAUGCCUCUGAUAAUGAUGGGGAUGUGUUGCUGUACACAAAGGUCCCGUCAACUGUAAAUCCAGACAGAGCAGAUUACUUCCAUGUAAGCAGAAGUACAGGUCUCGUCUCAGUCGCAAGACCACUGACCGGAAUCUCUUUCGACCUUGUGGAGUUUCAAGUGGUUGUGCGGGACCAGGCUUUUGUUGAGGAGAAGUCAGCCACAGCCACUGUCCGGAUUACCAUCACGAAGGACCGAACACCAGUGUUUAUUAACCCCAACCAGUAUCGUGCAUCCAUUAAUUACCAAGACCCAGCAACGACUUUUGUGUACCGAGUAUCAGCGGACGAUCCGGAUUUACAGGGCAAUCUCGUGUAUGAGGCCAACUGUGGGCUUUUGUCUGCCAACAGCUACUUCACUGUGGCUCAGGAUACGGGCAUUGUCACUGUGCGACAGCCUGUGGCUGCCGAUCGGGCUCUGUCCUAUGAGUUGUGUGUCAUCGCCUAUGACAACCUGCGGCCCAAUCUGAAGGCUACUUCUUCAGUGACCAUUAAUGUGAAUCGUAAUCCAAAUGAGCCACGGUUCACCCGCACCAACUAUGACACCACGAUUUAUGAGGAUUUAGAUGCUGGGACCUCCCUGUUCACCCUGGAAGCUGAAGAUUUGGAUGGGACUGAUGUGAACUUUGUCGUGAGCCGCUACUCCCCUGGCGACUGUAGUCUGUACUUCAAUCUCAACCCAGACACUGGAGUUGUCUCCACCACUGGAAACCUUGUGGACUCAAGGCCUGUUUCUUCAUGCGUGCUGGACUUCUCAGCCUCUGACUCGGGUAUUCCUCAAGCAAGCAGUACCAACUCAGCUAGAUCCACCAUCUCUUUUGUCCGUAAUGACUUCAAUCCCGCCUUCCCCACUCGCUCUUACACCAUCGUGGUGCCGGAGACAACUGCGCCAGGAUCUGUGCUCUUCAACGUCAAUGCCACCGAUCGUGAUGCUGGGGAAGAGAGAUUUGGCAGUUUCGAUUACUCUCUCCUUGGUGUGGCUCCCAUCUCUACACUGUUUUCAGUUGACUCUGCCUCAGGGGCCAUCUCCUUGACAAGCAGUCUUCAGACCAGCAACAUCAGUCCUUAUACCCUUCUGAUUGCUGCCAGUGACUUUGGAAAGCCGCGUCUGAGCGGGGGUGUUUCUGUCAUCAUCAACGUUCUGCGCAACCUGAACGACCCCGUCAUACGACCUGACCAGAGCAGUAUCAGCAGAGACGUGUUUGAAGAUGACCCCAUCACUAGUCCAAUCUUCACUUUCAGCGUUUUCGAUUCUGAUAGACCAGGCUCUCAGAGUGAAGUUGACUGGUCCAUAGUAUUUGCCAACACAGCCGAUCAAGGCUACUUUUCUGUGAAUGCAGCGGGCGAGGUCUACAUUGAUUAUCCUCUAUACAUGGACAUAAGUAACAAGCCGAGUUACACAUUCACAGUGGUUGCCAGCAACAAAGACAAUGCCAGCCGCUCUGAUUCCAUCAGCUGCACGGUGAAUGUCAUCCGUAAUGUGUUCCCACCUGAGUUCACAGAGCGCACCUACGUGGUACCAGACAUCAGCUACCUCGCCACAGUGGGCUCCUCCAUCCCAGCAAACAUACGGGCAAAUGACCAGGACACAGAUCCUCGCUACAGCACUCCAAGAUACGAGAUUAUUGACGACGCCCUGUACGCCAACUUCUUCAGCAUCAACCCAUCCACCGGUGCUUUGACACUGGCGCAGAGUCUCAGAUCACGCACGGAAGAUGAAUACAAGUUCUCCAUCCGGGCGGUAGAUGGUGGUACCCCACAACUCUCGGAUGUGGCUUCUGUACUAGUGCGCGUCAACCGGAACCAGCAAAGACCACAGUUCACUUCGCGCAACCAGACCAUACCCCUGGAUGAAGACCAGAUCCUUUCUAUCGUGGGCAGGGUUGUUGCCACUGACGGUGAUACUGGGGCCCCCUAUGGUGUCGUUGGAUACACUUUGCAAACACCUUCGACAUACUUCGCUGUGGACUACCGGUCUGGGAACAUUUACCUGAUCAGGCCACUUACUGAUCCUGCAACCCCUGACACUUUCACGCUCCAAGUACGGGCAUGUGACGAGGCUCCGACGCCGUUAUGCGCAGAGCCGGACAACUUUGUGUUCAUCACUGUGAACCGCAACAAUAACUCCCCGUACUUCGUGGCCAGCUCCACCACUGGAGCCUUCCCCUACGUCCGGCAGCUGACCAACGCCCCGUCCCAGGGAGACAUUGUGCUGGUGGCUGCAGCCAGGGACGACGAUCCAUCGGGUACCCGCUAUGGCCGGAUCUCCUUCUCUCUUAUUGGAGACGAUGGCUCGGAGGACGUAUUCUCCAUCAACCAGGCUGGCUCUAUCAGUCUGACCUCUCCUUUGAGCAGCAGCAGUCAGAACCCAUUGAGGCUCCGCAUCCGUGUUUGUGACGGUGGAAAUCUGUGUAACACCACCGUGGCCCUCCUUUACAUAGCCUCCAACCAGCGCCCGCCUGUUCUGACAGAGACCCGAUUUUCGACCACCAUCCCAGAGACCCUGUAUUACAGUGACCUCAUCUUUGACGUCAAUGCCACGGACCUUGAUCUCGUUGCGCCCAACAACCAGUUCUACUUUGAGUUGAGAGAGGGCAGCACCAAUGACGGAAGCCUCCAGUGUUUCAUCGUAGACUCAGUCAAUGGCUUUAUCUUUCCCCGAGCCAAUCUGAGGGAGUCCCCAUGUCUCGCUGACCGCUACUCUUUUGAGGUGGUGGCUAUAGACAGGGGUGUUCCAGCCCAGACCAGCAACCCAGCUCCCGUGGACAUCGCCAUUUACCGCAACACGAAUGCCCCCAGGUGGACUUCCUCUGUUUACAACUACACCAUUCAGUCGGAUAUUUCAGUUGGGGAUGUUCUUGGGCCGGGCAAUCCCACGGCGAGGGACAAUGAUCCAGUGAAUCGCUUUGGCACACUGAAAUAUUCCAUUCUCAAUGGAAAUGGAGUGCUGUACUUUGAAAUUCAGCAAGUGAACAACAACGAGGUGAAUGUGAGGGUGACCAAUGACAUCCCUGCAUCUUCCAAUCAACUCUACACUCUGGUGCUCCUGGUUCAAGAUGAUGGAUUGCCACCAAAGCAAGAUGUUACAACUGUAUACAUCAACAUCAACCGCAACCUGAACCCACCGUUCUUCACGCAGACUACCUACAGCUUUGUGGCCUAUGAGGAUGACCCAGUGGGAACCAAUAUCGGAACCAGACUCCUGGGAGACGAUAGGGAUGCUUUGGAACCUUGGAACUUGUAUUUCUUCCGGCUGACUCAGCUGAAUAGUUUCUUCACUUUAAGUAGAAAUGGCCAGCUGUCUACCUACAGAUCCCUGCAAGGGGGAACCGAAGGCAACUAUGUGAUGUCUGCCCAGAUUUACGAUGGAGGGUCACCAUCCCUGAAUGGUUCAGUGUUAGCCACCAUUGAUGUUACCGUGUACCGCAAUCAGAACUGCCCACAGUUUCAAAACCUGCCACGAGCUAUCAGCAUCACGGAGAAUACCACAGGGGUCAUUUACACAGUGACUGCAGACGACCAGGAUGUUAAUGAUCGGUACAACCGCACCUCCCUCAGACUGCUGAAUGACAAUAAUGUGGCUACGUACUUCAGCUUCAACCCUACCACUGGUGCUGUUUUGGUAACUCCUGCUUUAGAGCGACACACUGACAGAGUUUACGAGAUGAGGUUCGUUGCUGAUGAUGGCUACUGUCGGAACAUCCCUCAAGAGCUCCUGACUAUUAAUGUUGAGCGCAACCUCAGCCCUCCACGGUGGACCCAACUCAGUGAUAGAGUUGAAAUCCAGGAAGUUCAGUCUACUGGUGUGCGACUGUAUGACCUCAGUCUCAUUGCUCGGGACCCAGACACAGGGUUUGGUUCGGCUCUGCAAUUCUCUUUUGCCCCAAGUGGACCCAACCAAAACCUCGUCUUCUUGGACACGCGCGGCCAGGUGUUUUUGGCAAGGACUCUGUUGGGCACUACACAACCAGAGUACCAGGUCCAGUUUGUUCUGCAAGAUGAUGGGGGAUUCAGCAGUGGAGUUUUCACUCUGACCAUCGCAGUCAUCCGGAACCGUGCGCCGACCAUCUCACUUCCUUCGUCGACACUCACCUUGCUCAGCAAUAGUACCGUGGGAACAGAAUUGAUCAGGUGCACCGGUUCGGACCCAGACACUCAGAGUCCAUUCCGCGACCUGACCUACACAUUGCGGGGAGACGCCGUGGUGGAGGACAUUUUCCAAGUGAACUCCCAAAACUGCAUCUUGAGUCUACGUAGGCCUCUGACCACCAAUUCUGCCACCACUUACAGGCUCCAGAUUCAGGUACAGGAUGGAGGUUCCCCUCACCUGGGUGACUCCGAGGACCUUGUGAUCACCGUCAGUCGAAACCUGGAUACCCCUACCUUUACUCAGUUCAACUACCGAAGGAGCAUCCUGGAAACCAAACCCAUUGGAGAGAGCAUCGUGCAAGUCACUGCCCGAGACAACGACAACUUUGCGCCCAACAACAGAGUGAGGUAUUCCUUGUUCAAUCCAUCUCAAGACGUCGAUGACUACUUUGCCGUCAACCCAAAUACCGGUGACUUAUACUGCAAGCGAUGGCAGGUGGAUUACCCAGACCGUACUGUCACGUCAUUCAGGGUUCAGAUAACGGCCUCAGAUCAGGGCGUACCUCCCAACGCAGCCCAGCAACCGACCUCUGUCAUUGUUGACGUGGUGCGAAAUCAGCCACCGUUUUUCCAGAACACUGGCAACUAUGUGGCUAACAUCGACGAGACUUUGUCUGGAGGCAGCUUCGUCUACAGAGUCACGGCAGGGGACACCGACUCUGUGAUCCCGUUCAAUCAAACCACCCUACAUAUCCGAGGGGAUGGCAGUGCUAGUUCACUUUUCGAAAUUGCUCAGGAUGGCAGCAUCACCUUACGCAACAACGCGAACCUAGAUACUGCACAAGAGACAAGCUACUCUGUGCGGGUGGAAGUGAAGGAUGGUGGUAUCCCUCCUCUGAGUGCUGAGGCCUUUGUGGUGGUAAAUGUUAAGCGGAACUUCUUUGCGCCUGUCAUCAACGAUGCCAGAACAAGUGUCUCCUUCAACGCUGUCCCCGGUAUUGCAGUCUUGCAGCUUUCGGCAACUGAUGAUGAUUUAACGGGCCCUGAAGGGACAGUUCGCUACGAGCUGGUGAGCGGUGAUCAGUUCAAUGGCGAGUCUUACUUCUACCUCGAGUCGGAGACAGGUUUCCUUAGACUCUCCAGGAAUGAAAACUUGCAGAAUGCUCCUGACUUUUCGCUGCUGGUGCGGGCCUACGACCUGGGCACUCCUUCUCUCUCGGACACAGCCACCAUCACGGUCACCGUGACCAAGGUGGACUCGCCUCUCUCGGUGCAGAACUACAACUACACUAUCAACGAGAAUCUCUCUGCAGGGAAUGAUAUCGGAAGAGUGGUAGCCAACCCCAGCAACUCUGUGGUGUACAAUCUUUUGGGCUACCCCCCCUCGUCCAACUUCUUUGAUGUCGAUGCCACAGGAAAAAUCACCUUGGUCAGAAGCAUUGCAGACGAAGAGCUCUUAUCUUACACCUUGGUUGUCCGUGCUACAAGAACCACGUCGGUAACUACCCAGACAGCAGAGUCUGUGGUGACCAUCACUGUGAACAGAAACCUGAACAGGCCAAUCUUUGGUCCCGACCGCUAUGAGAUUGAUGUCCAAGACACCACGGACGUUGGCACUAUCCUCCUCACUGUUUUUGCCCAGGAUGGGGAUGCGGGUGAUGUUGUCGAGUUCAACUUUGUGCCGGGCUCUGGUGACUUCACACCUUUCUUCGUCCAUCCUAGAACCGGCAAUCUUUCUCUCACUCAAAGCUUGGUCGGAACGACUGUCAGGAGAUACGCAUUCCAAGUUCAGGCUCGUGAUAACAGCCGUCCAGAGAAGUUUGCCGCCAUCCCUGCUACUGUCAUUAUCAACAUCUUGGGAGACAACGUCGCGCCUGUGUUCACUCGAUUCACCUACACUGGAAACAUUACAGAAGCUUACUCUAACGGGGAUUUGGUUGUGACUGUCACAGCUUCCGAUAGAGAUCUCCGGGGCGCUCUUCAAGUUGAAAUGAAUCCAAAUAGUGGCCUUGGCAGUGGCAGUGGACUUUUUACAGUGAGCAAUUUGAGGCCUGCUUCAUCAACCUCUGUGACUGCAGAUGUCGUUGUUACAGACAUGAACUACCUGAGAUAUGACGAAUUCAACGAGGUCUACGAAAUGGAACUGGUUGCUUAUGACUCUGCCUACCCUACUGUCCGGGCCACGGCUACAGUGGCCACAAUGGUGGUUCGCAAUUUGAACAAUCCUUUGUUCAACGUGACCACUCCUCCUGGGCGCUAUGAAACUGUCAUCUUUUACAACAAGGAAGUGGGAUCUGUGAUCUUCAACAACAUCGGUGCCACAGAUGCUGAUGGUGAUAAGCUUCGCUAUUCAAUUGUUGGCAAUGCUCAAGCCCAGAGAUACUAUGACAUACACCCGGACACAGCUGUUAUUACCCUGCGCAACUCCCUGGUGCCUUCCUCUCAGAUUCGUGAUGAGAUUCUACUUAGGGUGUCUGAUCUGAGGAUCCCCGAUAGAACUGCUACGGCUACUGCAGUUGUGAACAUAAUCCGUGACUCCAGGGAUCCUGUAUUCAUCAACAUGCCAAGAUCCCAGGCUUUGGGCAUACGGGAUUCACCCAGCAACGGGAUCGCCACUGUGGCGGGAAAUGAUGACGACAUCCAGGGCAAUCUGGUGUAUGAGCUGGUGGAAGGCUACGCCAAUUUCUUCAGCAUUUCCCAGUCGGGAGUGGGCAACAACGCCGUGGCACAAGUGAACCUGGACAGAGACCUGCGGGAGGAUGCACUGCGCCAGCUGGAAUAUCCGCUCAAAUUCCGCCUGUAUGACUCCACCUUCCCCGAUAAUUUUGUGGAGAGUGUCCUAACGUUCACCGUGGACCGUAACCCCAACACGCCGCGGUGCCAGGACUCAGGCCUAAAUCUUCCGCUGGACAUAAAUGCUGAAAUCAACACAGUUGUGGCCAGAGUUCUUGCACUGGAUGCUGAUGGGGAUACCAUACUGUAUGAGUUUGACACAAACAACCUGGACCCCAUUGAUCAAGAAUAUUUCUAUGUUGACCCAAGGAAUGGAGAAAUAAAACUGAUCAAGCCACUGACCAACGCCCAGAUUUUCACAUUUGGUGUGAUAGCCAGUGACCAAGGCUUCCCUCUCCCCAAAGUUUGCACCACAACUGUACGCUUCUCCGUGCAAGCAGAUAUGGCACCGUUCUUUGACCCCAGUGUCAACCAGAUUUGGUCUUUGAGAGAAGAUGCUUUUGCCACCGGUCAAACGUUCACCGUGUUCGGAAGAGACAAUGACAGACAGGGAAACCUCACUUACAACAUAGUUGGACGCUACGACAGCACCCGGAUCUUCACGGUGAGACGCGCCAAUGUCAGUCCGGACAGCUCGGGGUUGAUCAGUCUCCAGGAUAGCCUACGUCUCAACCCAGACACUAGAUACGAGAUCGUGGUGACCGUGUAUGACAGUGCCAGACCUCAGACCAGUGGCACUGUCACAGUGACCGUUGACGUGACCCGAAACCCAGACGGGCCGGUGUUUGUGCGAAGAAACUACAACGCUACCUUCCAUGAAAAGGAACCUGUCGGCUACAGAGUGCUCAACAUCUCGGCACCAGACCAGGAUGGGGAUGUGGUGUACUACAGUUUGGUCAGAACAGGGGUGUCCCAGAAGCCGCUGGAAUAUUUUGACAUCCAUCCUCUGACCGGCCAAAUCACCGUCAUCAAGUCCUUGGAGGAGGAUCCGCUGAAAGAGGAGACAUUUGUGUUGAGAGUAAGAGCUGAGGACAAUCGCGCUUCAAGCAUCAGGAAGACGGACCUGGCAACAGUGACAAUCACCGUUCUGCGAGACUCUUUUCCUCCAGAGUUCAUAAAUGAUCCAUAUCUGCUGAAUCAAAUCUCAGAGCUGCUCGAUCCUGGCGUGAUCAUCUAUACCCAAGUCAGCGCGCGUGAUCGGGAUCAAAGGGGUGAACUUGUGAUUGAGAAAAUAGCCAACACAUCUGCUGCCUACUUUUUCAAUGUUGAUCGCCAAAAUGGAUCAAUCUCCAUUGCCAACAGUCUGCUGUCAGGAGUGCUCCAAAUUUACACGCUUUACCUGCGGACUUAUGACACGGCAUAUCCGAAUGUGAUGGACAUUGCUGUUGUCAGGAUUCCUGUAGCCAGGAAUGAGUACGCUCCGCAGUUCGUUGGGGAUUUGGCUUUCACCAUCAACGAGACCGAACCGGUUGGCAAACGUGUUUUCACUGUGCAAGCAACAGACCGAAAUCAAGGGGACAUUGUGACCUUCUCUGCCUCUGGCGCGGCCGACACACUGCGCCUGUUUGAGCUCCUCCCUUCAGGAGGCAUCCUUGUCAGGCAAUCCUUGCUUGCUCUGCAACAGAGCGUGUACACGAUGAAUGUAAUUGCCAGUGACAACGGAGUCCCUCAGCAGUCCAGCAGGGUUAAUGUCAUCAUCACCAUCAUUGGAUAUCCCGGGGCUCCCGUCCUGGGACCGGCCCAAUGCCGGGACACAAUCAGUGAGAACAGGCCCCUGGGACCCAUCAACGUGGCUAUCACUGAGAACGACCCCAAUAAACUGGGUCCUAUCGCUUAUGAAAUUGUUGGCACCUACCCAGCUCAAGAGUUCUUCAGCGUGGACAGCAAUGGUGUGAUAAGUCUCGUGAGGAAUCUCAGGACCAGUGCGAUAAGGGACACCGUAUUCACGCUCGUUGUGAAAGGCUACGACACAAGACGCCCCAACAGAGAGAGCCAAAUCUCGUGUAGCUUCACGGUCUUACGCAACCAGAACAGUCCUUCCUGGAGCAUGCCUGGUUUCUCCGUCUCCAUUGAUGAUGAGCAUCCCGUGCUGGGUCUUGUGUUCAAUGUGACCGCCGUUGACACUGAUCCCAACGAUGAGAUCUCGUACAGCAUCCUGAGUGAACAGGCUCGUGGCUUGGUGGCUGGCCCAGCUCAGUACUUCUUCAUUGACUCAACCACCGGGGAGGUCUUACUCAGACGCUCUUUGAAGGGGACAAGCAUCAAUCAGUUCACACUCCGAAUUCAGGCUUGUGACAAUGGCUCCCCCGCCAAGUGCAUUGACAGGGACUUCACAAUUAAUGUGAACUCAGUGAUUGGCGCCCUCCCUCGAUUUCCUCGAGACUACUCUAUUCAGAUCAAUGACACCAAAUUAGCAGGAGACUUUGUCAUCAAAGUGGCUGCUGUAGACACUGACCUGACCCCUGGAAAUUCCUUGGUGUACCAAAUGCGACCUCCCCCACCAGCAUACUUUGUGAUCGACUCUGCCUCGGGAGAUAUCACACUGGCCAAGUCAUUGUUCUAUGAUGAUUUGACGUCGUAUCAGUUUGAGGUGGCAGCCUACGACCCCGCCAGACCCCUGGAGGUGGGCGUAGGAAAAGUGACUGUCUUUGUCAACCGCAAUCCGUCUGGCCCGAGCUGCACUCAGAAUCUUUUCCAGAUUAGGAUAUCGGAAUACCAAACGGUGCCUUCGAACAUUGGAACGGUCUCGGUACAGCAGGAAGAUUCGGACCCAGUGGCGUUCAGCAUCCUCUCAGUUGACCCGCCAGUGCAGAAUGACACGAACGUCAUCUUCUUCCUGCAGCCAAGAACAGGGCAACUUUGGCUGUUCCAGUCAUUGGAGGGAAGCAGCAUCCCCCGCUACAAUCUCAGGAUACGCGUGAGCGAUCAGCGUGUUGUUGCAGAGAAGGCGAACGACUGCAGUAUUGAAGUCAUCGUUGAUCUUGACAGCGCACCAUACUUUAUUGGAGCCAGUCCAGACAGGACAGUGAAUGAAUCUCAGCCCAUUGGUGGAAUCACCACUGUGACUGCUCGGGAUGAUGAUCUUAAGGGUGUCUUGACCUACGAACUGGUUGGAGAAUAUCCAGCUCUUAGCUUUUUCAGAAUUGAUUCAAAUGGGAAUAUUUUCCUUUUUGCCUCAUUGCGCUCCGACAGCCGAAACCUGAAUGUGUACACGCUGAAAGUAAGAGUUUAUGACAGCAAUUUCCCCCAACGUUACAUAGAACGUGAUGUCCUGAUUACGGUACGCCGCAACCCCAAUGCUCCAGUGUUUGACCGUUCCCGGUACAGAGUCACCAUUGAUGAAACAAUUCCUCCAUCAUCGUCUGUUGUCCAGCUCACUGCUACUGACUCGGACAAUGAUCCUCUGACGUAUACAAUUGUUUCUGCUUCUACGAAUGGAGGUGACUUGUUCUUCUUGGUGAAUGACACCAUCUACACCAAGGCGGUCCUGACGAGCAACACAAGGGAUACUUAUACGAACCGAAUCAAGUAUGAGCUGAGUGCGGCACAGAAUGUCAACUUCUUUGUGAUCGACAGAGACACCGGAGCCAUCACUUUGGCCAGAAAUCUGACUCUUGACCCAAACAGAGCCUCAUUCUACACCGUGGAGCUGUACGCUUUUGAUGAGCAAAACCCAGAUCUUCGAGGCAAAUCCUACGCUGUGAUCAAUGUGAACCACAACCCGAACACCCCAGCCUUCACUGUUACUGGUACCUACCGGGAGACGAUUAGUGAGUACUUCCCUCGCGGUAACACUGUGCUCACCGUGGAAGCCAGGGAUGGAGAUAAUGACACUGUCAGAUAUUACAUUCAGCCUAACACAGACGGCCAGAUUGCCAUGCAGUACUUCUCCAUCAGCCCAGUGAGCGGAAGUAUCAAAGCUGUCGGAGAUCUCACGCAAGCCCCUCGCAACGUGUAUCGGUUCUCUGUGACAGCCUACGACGAUGGGGCGCCUGUGAGAUCUAGACAGGCUUCUGUUGAGAUCACGAUCACCAGAGAUCAGUUUGCACCAGCCUGCACAAAUACUGGCGCCGCCUCUAUCAACGAGAAUUCUGGUGUGAAUGCCACGUUGCCUUUCUUCACCUUCACAGCUUUUGACCAAGACGACAGUACCAGCACAUUUGUCUUUGGACCCACUGGGAACAGCAUUGCAAGGUCUUUCUUCCGUGUGAAUCAAAAGGGCCAAGUGUUUGUGAAUGUCCCGCUCACCUUGACAGAUUUGAGAUCAUUCCAGCUGGAAGCAGAGGUGUACUCAGCAGGCUUCCCGAGAAACCUUGGCUACUGCUCCAUAACCGUCUCUGUGAACCGCAACCUGAACAUCCCAGUCUUUAACCAGACCAACCUACGAGUGUCUGUGUUUGAGUUCCAGCCCGCUGGUUAUGAAGUGGCCCAGCUGUCUGCCCAAGAUGCUGAUGGAGAUGCCCUGCGGUACUACCUGGCUGCCGGUGGAAAUAUCCAAAACCUUUUUGAAGUGGAUGACUUGUCUGGAAGGUUGACAAUUCGUAAGCCUCUUUCCCAGGAUUUAACAAAUCAAUAUGAGAUCAAAGUUCUUGCCUCGGACAGAGGCACCCCGGAGAGGGUGGGAACAGCGACGGUGACAGUCUCAGUUGAAAGGGACUCUCCUCCAGAGUUUUCCAAUCUGCCUGCAAAGAUCCAGCUUGAUGAGUCGGACACCAGUGGCAAGCUCGUUGUGAAUGUUACCGCCUUCGACAGAAAUUUGAUUCAACAAAUAAGAUAUGGAAUAUCAGGCCAGGGGUCCGCUCCUUCUAUCUUUGUGAUCAACCCGGUCACUGGCGAAGUCACCCUACGGCGGGACCUCUUCUCAACUGUAGACACUACUUACAACCUUGAUGUGUACGCGUUUGACUCGGGACUGUCUAACAUCAGGACCACAAACACUAUCUCGAUCGACGUGGUCAGGAAUCAGUUUCCCCCUGUUUUUGAGAACACGCCAUACAGGUACAGUGUCAAUGUGGACUCAGCAACACUCGGCUCUGUCAUCGGCUCCACCAUUACUGCCUCGGACCGUGAUGGGGACAUCCCGUUCUACACCAUGGAAGCGAUUGACAAUAGUGCCCAGUACAUCCUGCUGAACAGAAACUCUGGGGUCCUCUAUCUCAUCGAUGAUCUCAGCAAGCUGCAGAGCACUCAGACGUCCUUUGUUUUCACGGUGGUUGCAACAGAUCGGCCAGUGAAUGGAAAAAUCGUCAGGCAGCAAGUUGUCGUUUCCUUGGUCCGCGACACGACACCUCCGACCUUCCCAGGGGCGCCUUACACCGUGACCAUCCCCGAGACACAGCCGGUGUCCUCUGUCAUCCUCAACACCAUCAGGGCCACGGAUACAGAUCCACAGGGUACAAUGACCUAUGAACUGACUGGCAUUUAUCCUGGAACUAACUUCUUUUCGAUCAAUUCCACUAACGGCCAGCUGAGAGUCUCUCAAGACCUCAGGAGGGAUUCCCUUGCAACUCCCCAGUACCUGCUGAGGGUGGUUGCCUAUGGAAGUAACCUGCCCAGUUCCCAGGGGACGUCCACCGUGACCGUGUUUGUGACCCGUAACCCCAGCCGUCCUCAGUUCAACUCGCCCGUCCGGGUGACCGUACAGGAGACCCGCAAUCCGGGUUAUGAAGUGACCAAUAUCACUGCAUUUGACGCGGACGGGGAUCGCAUGGUUUACCGCCUGACAAGGGAUCUGGAUGGUAAGGAUGGUCUGACCUACUUUUUCAUGGACCCUCAGUCUGGAGUGGUCAAGGUGCAGAGCCCGCUCACCAAUACCCCGGAGAACUCCUUCAGGCUGGAAGUUCAAGUGACUGACAGUGGCAAUCCACCAAAGACGACCACCGGGGAACUGGCCAUCACCAUAACCCGUAUCGCCCGACCCACUUUCUCCAGCGGUGGCUUUUCAACAACUGUGGAAGAAAACAGACCAGUUGGUGAAUCUGUCUACACGUUGACUGCUAACAAUCCAAACGUUCCGAAUAAUUUGAGGUAUGAGGUGGUUGGAGAUGGUUUUGCGCCAUACCUCUUCAGUAUUGAUGAACAGACUGGACUGGUGUCUGUCAGGAACAACUUAACCGACUUCAAGGAGUUGCAGUACACGCUGGUGGUCAACGCUUACGAUGCUGCGUACCCGUCCUACACCGGACAGACCAGGCUUCGUAUCACCGUGACCCGCAAUAACAACGGCCCAGUUUUCACUCAGCGCAUCUAUCCUGCAAAUGUCAAUUCGAACACACCUGUGUUCAGUAACUUGGUCACAGUCAUUGCUGAAGACAGAGUGGAUGGAGACAGCAUCACGUACCGCAUCGCUGGGCCUCAGUCAUGUCUCAACAACUAUCGCCUCAUGCCCACUAGCGGACAGUUUAUUCUGACAGCCGAACCGGCCACUCUGGCGUCAGGCACAAUUAACUGCAAUAUUGUGGCCACUGACAAUGGGUUCCCGACUCCCCAAACCAGCUCAGCCAUCGUCCGAGUCAGUGUGGCAACGGAGCAAGCUCCUGGUUUCGGUGGUCCUUACACAGGUCGAGUUGAUGAAAAGGACCCACUUGGCACAUUCGUAACCCAAGUGGUGGCAACAAAGCGACCUUUUGUGGGCCGUGUGCAGUACACGCUGAAGGGUGUAUACCCGGCCGAUACCUUCUUCCAAGUGAAUCCCGAUGACGGUCGCAUCACUAUCAGCAGGGACCUGCGUCUUGACCCCGCCAUGUCCACAGAGUACAACCUGAGGGUCUGCGCCGUGGACUCAGCCUUCCCGACCCUGGAGUCUUGCACCACUGUCCGUGUUCUUGUCGACCGCAACGAGUUUGGGCCCCAGUUUACCCCAGACAACCUGCGUCUGACCCUGCCUGUGGACACUGACCCCACCUCUUGGUCUCGCAUCCUGAAUGUGACGGAUCCAGACAGCAGCGCUUUGACCUGUGGCAUCAUCGCCAACGUAAAGGCGCAGGAAUACUUCCAGGUGGACAGGGACACUUGCGUGUUGUCUUUGAGGAGGCCAUUGACAGAUGACCCAGACAGGACCACUACUUAUCUGGUUGACAUCCAAGCUACUGACAAUGGCGCUGACCCUAAGAGGACCACCACGCGUGUGACAGUCAAUGUCCCGAGGGAUUUGUUCAAUCCAGAUAUUACCAAUCUGGAUCAGACUGUCCAAAUAGCAGAAAGCAUCCAGAAAGGCAUUCAAGUCUUCCGAGGAACUCCUGAAGAUAGAGAUCGCCAGGGCACACUGGUGUGCGAGAUGGCUGCCACGCCCCCUGCCUCCAUCUACUUCCAAGUGAUGGAUGACUGUCGGGUCAUGGUGCGCAACAGCCCCAGAUUUGACACCUCUACACAGUACAUUAUUCCCAUCCAAGUGUACGACUCAUUCUGGCCCAACAACAGGGUGACCAAGACACUGACCGUGCGGAUGAUCCGCAAUCCAAACUUCCCGGUCUUUACGGGCUCCAGAGUGGCCACGAUCGACGACGAUACUCCCAUUGGCACCACUGUGCUCAAACUGGCUGCCACAGAUAAUGACAAUGAUGUUGUCACUUUCAGCAAGGUCAAUCCCAGUGACCCUCAAGGCAGCAACUUCUUUGUGGUUGACAAUGGUGAUGUCAUUCUAGUUGCUGGCCUUUCCGGGGCUGCAUCGUACAGGUUCAACGUGCAAGCCUCUGACAACCGGAGUCCACCAAAGACUGCCUCUGCAGCCGUGACUAUCAACGUCAGAGAUGUGACUUUCUCACCAGAGUGGGUCAAUGCUCCGUUCUCAACCUCCAUGAACAUCAAUCAGAACCGAAACUCGCCCGUCAAUGCAAAUAUCCUGGCCAGGAAGCAGAAUACUGUUGACAAGAUUCGGUACAGGAUCACCGGAGCCGCCCCAGCCGCCGCCCGCAGCUUGUUCUCUAUUAACCCCCGCACGGGUGUGCUCACUCUCAUGGAGGACCUGGUCACCAGCUCUGUCACCUCCACGCGCUCCAGCAUUGUGCUCUUUGUGGAGGCAUUUGAUGAAAGUGUGCCCGAUGAAGUGAUUGGAAGCUACGUCUCCAUCAAUUUCAUUCGUAACAUAGAGGGACCAAUUUUCCCCAGCACCUCGCUGACAUCUUUCAUUUAUGAUUAUGCUGCCCCAGGGACUGUGGUCAACACCGUCACUGCGAGUGAUAGUGACCCACUGCCACCAGAGAACCAGAUCUACUACUCCCUGGCAAGUGGAAGAGAUGCCAAUGAGUAUUUCAUGGUGGACACAUUCACAGGUGUGGUCACUGUCAAGAAAAUGGUCUCUCUGGAUUCAGCGAAGCCGAACCCUUACCUUGUGUACAUCGUAGCAAAGGACGGAAGUUUGAACCCGCUGUCUGCAACUGCCACACUCACUGUCAACGUCAGACGCAACCGUCCUCCCAAGUUCCAGUUGGACAAAUAUGAUGCCCCCACUGUUGACACGGUUGACAUCUUUUCCACGAUCAUAGUGGCAUCUGCUACCGACCCCGAUGAGGAGAAUCCGAAUGUGCCAAAUGGAGAACUCAAGUACUACAUUGAUGACACCAACGCUGCUCAAAUCUUCACCAUUAGCAGCGCUGGAGAGAUAUCGGCUCGUCGCAGCUUGGAAAAUCUUCCCCAGUCUACCUACACUUUUGGUGUGAGAGUAGAAGACGGUGGCACGCCCAAAUUGUCGGACACAGCCCAAGUGGUUGUCACAAUCAGCAAGAGUCCAGGGCUCUCCUUCAUACCCGCGCAAGUGACGUACUCACGAGACGAAACUGUCCCUGUUGGGAAUGAGAUUGAAGUCAGCGUGGCCAAUGAUGGUGGCUCCAAUGCAAAGAUUGUGUACGAGAUUCGAGGAGAUGGUGAUGCCAGCAAAUACUUUGCCAUCAAUCCAGACACAGGCCGCGUGACCGUGAAUGCUCCACUGACAGAUGACAAGACAAAGGUUUUGUCGUACUUGAUUCGUGUUCGGGCAUACAGAGAGAACGACCCAAGAGUGGAAGCGUUUAAAGAAAUCACGGUGCUUGUGGACAGAAACCCCACCAAGCCUAAGUUCUCAAAGAACCGCUAUGAAUUUAUCAUCCCAGAGGACCAACAACUCGGAAAGGUGUUUGGAGCAGUCGCUGCAACAGAUCCUGACUCGGGCACUGCUGGAAUCCUGACCUACACUGUCAGCCAGUCGGCCAACAGCCCUCUGCGAGCAUACUUGUACUUCUACAUGAAUCCCAACAACGGCAACAUAUCUGUGUCUCGCAGCUUGCUCGAUGACCGAAGUGUGAGGAAUUUCUCUUUCCCCGUCAACGUGAGAGACAACGGCUCGCCCCAAGAGGAGGCCACGGCCACCGUGAUAGUGUUUGUUCAGAGGAACAUCAACCCGCCGGUGUUCCGACCCAGCGACAGCUACAGCGUCACCAUUGAUGAAAAUUUCCCCGUCGGAGGGUCCAUCAUUGACCUCAACGCCACGGACGCGGACGGAGAAAUUGUGACCUACAAACUGGGGCAGAGACAGCUGGGCAGCUUGUACUUCCAAAUUGAUCCCAACUCCGGCUUGAUUACUCUCAAGGUGUCUGUCCUGAGGACUUCAGACACAGUGUUUUCUCUGACUGUAACAGCCUCUGACAACCAAGCCUCAGAGAGGACUGCCAAUGCCUACGUGACUGUCAACGUGAGGAGGAACCCCAAUGGGCCCGUCUUCGGCCAAAGGCAGUACAAUGUGAACAUCUCAGAAUACCAAGAACUGAACAAAGCUUUUGAGACUGUCGUGGCUACUGAUAAUGACCCUCCUGAGAGUGACAGUGGCCGAGUGCAGUACUCCAUCCUGAACCAGACCGCGGUGCGACCAAGUCGUCCUCAGGACUUCGACAACGAUUUCUUCACUAUUGGCACCAACAACGGAAUGCUCUACCUCAGCCAACCCCUCACCGUCCCCGAAGCUGCUGAUGUCUAUGAUAUCUACGUCAGGGCCCAAGACAGCGCAGUGACUCCCAAGAGCGAUGUGGCGAGAGUCACGGUGAGGAUCCAGCGUAAUCAGUACGCCCCAGUCUUCUCAGCGACUGAGUACAACGAAACCAUCCCGGAGAACUUUGCCAUCAACCGUGAGAUCCUCAAAGUCCAAGCGACAGAUGCAGACACAUCUAUCGAACUGAACCGUGGAACUCCUAAUGUUGAGAUUGAAUAUGAACUGAGAGACAUCGGCACUGACAGGGACACACGCUUCUUUGGAAUCACCGAAGACGGAAGCAUCUACAAGAAACAACACUCUGAUAAGGAUGAAAUUGGAUCGGAAACAUUUGAUUUUCUAGUGGUUGCUCGCGACAAGAACUGGAAGAGAGACAAGUUCAGCGAGGUGCCUGUUGCCAUCACCAUUGAUUACUACAGAAGUGAGGAGGGAGACCUAGGCUUCAUUCAGCCUGUCUACAUCCUGAGCAUCCCCGAAAACACAAAGGUGGGUACAGAGAUCCUCUUCAUGGAUGUGGAAAACCAGGGAGACAACUCUGUCAUCUGCAGGAUCAUCAACAAUGUUGAUAAGUUCAAUGCUGAGCCCCGUGAUUCUGACAAGAACUGUGCGCUGAGGGUCAACGCUGGUCUGGACAGAGAAGAGGUUGCCAGAUACGACUUCAAUGUCACCGUGGCUGCCCGGCCAACCAGUGGACCCGUGCGCAAGAAGAGGCAGGCAACGGCAAAUGUUUUAAAAUUGAAUACUUGGUCCAACGCCCGUGUUGUGAUCGAAAUUGAGGAUGUGAACGACAACUCUCCCAAGUGGGUGCUGAUGCCGUACCCAGCUGACGACACGGACCCAGGCGAUGGCACACGAGGCAUCUUCAUAGCCGCCGUCGAUGUUACUGCCCCAUCAGAGACCCUGGUCACUCAGCUCUCGGCCACAGACAUUGACGCAGGCUUGAACGGUGAAAUCAUCUACAAGGUGGGCCCGAAUUCCCACUUCGAUAUCGACAACCUGGAUGGCAAGUUGUUCACUACCAGUGAAUUCCUCGAGCCUGAUCUGUCCAAACGCAUCAUGCCGUAUGAACUGAACGUAGAAGCCAGGGACCGAGGUGUUGGGCAGAAUGGUUACAAUUUCAACCAGACUAAGUGCUACGUGAAUCUUAUUCGACAAGUGAACAGAUUUGUGCUGGUGUUGGAGGAUGUGAACAUGGCAGAUGUCGUCGCUGAAAGGGAGAAGUACCGCAUAAACAUCCAAAAUGCCAUUGGUUAUGUGGUCCUUAUCGAGAAAAUUGAGGCUAAAAGAACGGAGAGUAUUCGAAACGGAAUACAGAUUCAACAGCAGUCGACUGAUUUGACUUUUGUGGUUGCCCUGCCCCGAGAGCCUUACACCUUGCUCAAUGUAACCAGCCCGUUUGCUCAAGACAACAUUUUGUCUGGUAACGGACCAGCAACCAUCAAAACUGCCAUUAGCGACAACAUCGGAGCGACCGUGGAGACUGUCCGUCUGCCCUUUGACCAGACGCUCAUUGUUGUCAACGAAGUGCGCGCCAAAUCCUACAUCUGGUGGAUGGAUGACCCAUGGGCAGCCCUCAUUGCUCUGGCGGCCAUUAUCAUUCUCCUCGCCAUCGUCGGCAUCAUCGUCAUCAUUUUCACUCAUUCCAGGUACAUGAAGUUCAUUCAUCAAUAUCGUGCAUACCAAAGCACUUAUGACAACCCCGAUUUUGCUGAGCCGCCGGGCUUCCUGAGAGAGUAUGAAACCCAGAGUCUCAACAUGUACGUGCCUCCUGAGGCAGUCCCUGACUAUGGAGAAGUGCGCAUGACCUUGGACGAAGGUGGCGUAGAGCAUGUCACCCACACAGGUCAUGACCCCAGGGUCGCCGCUGCGGUCAACCCCAUCUACCAAGGGGACUCCGGCCAGCAACUGGAGCAUGCGGAAGCCAAACCAGACAGCAUGACCAUGCUGUAAACAAAGUCUGUGAUGGAUGAAACAGCAUCAACUUCCUUCUACUUGGAGCCAGAUUUGCCAACUAUCUGCGUUUUCGUUUUCUCAUUUUUUUGACAUAUCAACAGAAACAACCUUGCCACCAAACCUUGAUGUCAUUUCCAAAGUUUUUUCACCAUAGCCUUCUUCCCUCAUAUUACUCUUUUCUUCUUUUAUUUGCUUUUCAGCUACAGCACAGAAUUAUUGAAAACUAUUUUAGAGUAGUGUAUUAGUUUAUUAGCAGUGGCAGCUUCCUGAAACACUGCUUGUUAAUGUGUAUACCGGUUCUCUCCUGUUUUUGCUUUUAUUAUUACCUAAAAUCAAAUCUUAUUGUUUGAAGUGAGGAUUUUUACCGGAGCCUCCUGAAAGACCAUGUUGAAAACUGACUUUCUAACAUUCCAAGUGUGCCUGUAGUUACUUUUCUUUUACUUAUUAUAGUUUUUCUUUUUUUUUGUGUCUGGUGCUACGUGAUUGUUUCUCGGUCAAAUGGACAGAGGGAGUUUUGAGCAAAAGAGUAAUUCUGUCAUUCUGUCCAUCCCAUUAUAUUAUAUCCCCAAGCGUUUUGAACUAAUGAGUAAAGCCUGUUGUAACAAUGAGAGUGUCUUAUACCAAAUACUGUUUGCCUUUCCCCCUUGUAAAUGUAAAAUUUCUAACAGAAGAAAGAAUCGGUUUACGUGUUGUCAGAUGUGAGUGCGACUCUUAUGAAAAUCAGUUAGCUACUGUAAGUGCCAACCGUUUGACGAUGAGUAAUUAAUAAUAUAUGAUAUGAUGUGCACUACCGCAAAUUUUUCCCAUGCAUAUAUAAAGGUGGUGUGUCACGCCAAUAUUGAACAGAACUAUAUUAUUGUCUUAUUGCGAGCUCUUGUGACACGCCAUACCUCUGUGCAUACCUGUUUCUCUUGUUGAAAUGAUUAUAUUAUUUUAUCUAUCUGUGAGAAUUCACUUCCGUAUACAUACACUCUGUGGGUGAAGCAAGCCAAGAUUCUCUCCCCGUGGCCUCCUCAUUAUUCCCGUGAUAGAAGUACUUACAGACUUGUCUCAUCUCUACUGCUACAUCGCUGCUCUAUGAAAUGCAUGAUACAUUUAUUUAUCCUCAUCUUCUUGUUAUUUCCUGCGGAAUUGUUACUUAUACCAAAAUGUUUUAUAAAAUUUUUGGCGAGACUGUUAUUUAUUGUUAAUAAUAUAAUGAUUUUCUUUAUUUACACAUGAAAGAAAAUGGAAUUUAUGUACUUAAUUUUUUAAAAUUUGGGUUAGAUCCAUUCUUAAUAAUUUUUUGUUUUGGUGGGAUUUAUUAUUUUUAAAAGUCUGUACAAACAAAUUGUAUGAGAAUGUGGAAAGUGAACCUUUUGGCUUCCAGUACUUCAAUAUCUCUGUACCGUAACGUUUGUCCCAUGAACUAUAGAUUUUGUAACUUUUUUUUUUUUUUACACAAAAUUAUAUAUAAUAAAAUGUUUAUUUCUUAC